AUGACAUUUUCGGGAAGAAGCAGAAUUGAAUUCCGUGGGAAAAUACCGACAACGGCCAGCUUGACAGGUCAAGAGCUUGGCGGCAAGCCGAAAGCUUGGCGCAAUAGCGUCGAGUGCUGGCACUUGUGCUCCGCGGGCCGGGUCGCAUGCUUUGUUGCUGAUGACGCCUCUCGCCUUGAAACCUUUUCCCAUCCUUUUCUCCUAAUCUACCUCUCCCGUUGGCGAUCGUCCAUCAGAACUUCGCCAUCUCCGCAUCGAUCGACGCCACAUAUCAUCCUCGACCGCGACACACGGGAACCAACACCCUCCAAGCACGCUAUCCACAACUACCCCGCGCUCACUAGCCGGCAAACUCGCGCAAGUCGCGCCAACACUUCGCAUCGAACCGCCUUCGCCACCAUGUCGGGAUAUCCGGGACAGGGAGGCUACGGCGCUCAGCAGCACAAUGGCGGCGCUUCGGGCUGGGGCUACGGCGGCAGUCCUGCCCCGGGCUACGGUUACAACGGACCACCCCAGCAAGGAGGCUAUGGCGGCCCUCCUCCGCCCCAGGGAUACGGCGGCCCCCCUCCUCAAGGAUAUGGCGGUCCUCCUCCCCAGGGGUAUGGCGGUCCUCCUCCACAGGGCUACGGGCAGGGCUAUCACGGCGGCGGUCCUCCUCCGCCUCCCCAAUACAGCCGGCCUCCGCAGAACCAGUACCCUCCUCCGAACCGACCACCUCCUCAGGGCCACGAUUCGUACGGCUACCCCAUGGGCGGAGGCGGCGGUGGCCAGCGAACUGGCCCGCCUCCGCCCCAGGGUGCGCAGGCCUUCGGUCACGGCGCACCGCAAGGCUACACCUUUCAGUACUCCAACUGCACCGGUCGCCGCAAGGCGCUGCUCAUCGGCAUCAACUACUUUGGCCAAAAGGGCGAGUUGCGCGGCUGCAUCAAUGAUGUCUCUAAUGUGUCGCGAUUCCUCAACGAGCGCUACGGAUACAAGUGGGAGGACAUGGUUAUCUUGACGGAUGAUCAGAAAGACCCUCGCAAGAUUCCCACUAAGCAAAAUAUGCAGAACGCCAUGGAUUGGCUGGUGCGCGAUGCGCAGCCCAACGACGCUCUCUUCUUCCACUACUCCGGACACGGUGGACAGACAGAAGACUUGGACGGCGACGAAGACGAUGGCUUCGACGAAGUCAUUUACCCAGUCGACUACCAGCGGGCCGGCCACAUUGUCGACGACGAAAUCCACUACCGAGUUGUCCGGCCGCUCAAGCCCGGCGUGCGCCUGACGGCCAUUUUCGACUCGUGCCACUCAGCCACCGCCAUGGAUCUGCCCUACGUUUACUCCACCAAGGGUGUCCUCAAGGAGCCCAACCUGGCCAAGGAAGCUGGCCAGGGUCUGCUAAGCGCCUUGGGCUCGUAUGCCCGCGGUGACCUGGCGGGCGUGGCCACGACCGUGUUUGGCUUUGCCAAGAACGCGUUCAAGGGCGACGAUGCGUACGAGAAGACCAAGCAGACCAGAACGUCGCCCGCCGAUGUUGUCAUGUGGUCCGGCAGUCGAGACGACCAGACAUCUGCCGAUGCGACCAUCAACGCGCAGGCCACCGGCGCCAUGUCGUGGGCUUUCAUCACGGCGAUGAAGCAGAACCCGAACCAGAGCUACGUGCAGCUUCUCAACAGCAUCCGCGACGUAUUGGCGUCCAAGUAUACCCAGAAGCCUCAGCUCUCGUGCUCUCACCCUCUUGACACGAACCUUCGCUUUGUCAUGUAA